CAGCACUGGCUUCUCUGGACUUUGCACACCUCCAGGAAAGGAACCCAGAAAAUCGAUCAGUUCUGACAAUUCUAAAAAACCAUGCCCCACUUGUUGGUGACUUUCAGGGAUGUGGCCAUUGACUUCUCUCAGGAGGAAUGGGAGUGCCUGGACCCUGCUCAGAGGGACUUGUACAGGGAUGUGAUGUUGGAGAACUACAGCAACCUGAUCUCACUGGACUUGGAAUCCAGUCGUGCGACCAAAGAGUUAUCUCCAGAAAAGGAAAUUUAUGAAAUGGAAUCACUCCAGUGGGAGAAUAUGGGGAAACUUAUCAACCAUCACCUUCAGUACAAUGGUCUUGGAGACAAUAUGGAGUGCAAAGGCAACUUAGAGGGUCAAGAAGCAAGUCAGGAAGGGCUUUACAUGUGUGUCAAAAUUACCUGUGAAGAAAGGGCCACUGAAAGCCAUUCAACCUCUUCUACUUUUCAUCGGAUAAUUCCUACCAAGGAAAAAUUGUACAAAUGUAAGGAAUGUAGACAAGGUUUCAGCUACCUGUCAUGCCUUAUUCAACAUGAGAAAAAUCAUAAUAUAGAAAAAUGCUUUGAAGUUAAGAAACAUAGGAACACCUUUAGCAAAAAGCCAAACUAUAUGCAACAUCAGAGAAUUCAGACUGGUGAGAAACCUUAUGAGUGUAUGGAAUGUGGAAAGGCCUUUAGUCGUAGUUCUGAUCUCAUUCAACAUCAGAAAAUUCAUACUAAUGAAAAACCUUAUCAGUGUAACGCAUGUGGGAAAGCUUUUAUUCGUGGUUCACAGCUCACUGAACAUCAGAGAGUUCAUACAGGAGAGAAACCAUAUGAAUGUAAGAAAUGUGGAAAAGCCUUUAGUUAUUGUUCACAAUACACUCUUCAUCAGAGAAUUCAUAGUGGUGAGAAACCCUAUGAAUGUAAGGAUUGUGGGAAGGCCUUUAUUCUUGGCUCUCAACUUACUUACCAUCAGAGAAUUCAUAGUGGGGAGAAACCUUAUGAGUGUAAGGAAUGUGGAAAGGCCUUUAUUCUUGGUUCACACCUUACAUAUCAUCAGAGAGUUCAUACUGGUGAAAAGCCUUACAUAUGUAAAGAAUGUGGGAAAGCCUUUUUAUGUGCCUCCCAACUGAAUGAACAUCAGAGAAUUCAUACAGGUGAGAAACCCUAUGAAUGUAAAGAAUGUGGGAAGGCCUUUUUUCGUGGCUCACAACUUACUUACCACCUGAGAGUUCAUUCAGGUGAGAGACCCUAUAAAUGCAAAGAAUGUGGGAAAGCCUUUAUUUCUAAUUCGAAUCUUACUCAGCAUCAAAGAAUUCAUACCGGAGAGAAGCCCUACAAAUGUAAGGAAUGUGGAAAGGCCUUUAUUUGUGGCAAACAACUUAGUGAACAUCAGAGAAUUCAUACAGGUGAGAAACCCUUUGAAUGUAAGGAAUGUGGAAAGGCCUUUAUUCGUGUUGCCUAUCUUACUCAACAUGAGAAAAUUCAUGGUGAGAAACAUUAUGAAUGUAAGGAAUGUGGGAAGACUUUUGUUCGUGCUACACAACUUACAUAUCAUCAAAGAAUUCAUACAGGUGAAAAGCCCUACAAAUGUAAGGAAUGUGACAAGGCCUUUAUAUAUGGCUCACAACUCAGUGAACAUCAGAGAAUUCAUAGAGGUGAAAAACCUUAUGAAUGUAAACAAUGUGGGAAGGCUUUUAUUCGUGGCUCACACCUUACUGAACAUCUGAGAACUCAUACUGGAGAGAAACCCUAUGAAUGUAAGGAAUGUGGGAAGGGCUUUAGUCGUGGCUCAGAACUUACUCUGCAUCAAAGGAUCCAUACUGGUGAGAAACCCUACACAUGUGUCCAGUGUGGUAAAGAGUUUAGACGUCCUUCACAACUUACUCAACAUAUAAGGCUUCAUAAUUGAGAAAGCCUUGAAUGUGAUUAAAUAUAAGAAAAUCUUCAUCAUCUAUUUCAUAUCUGUACUGAAUGUGGGACAUCCUUUUGCUUCUGCUCAGAAUCUACUCAUUCUUAGAAGGUCUGUAUUAACAUGGAUGCAGAAUAAUUUCAGAAACCCCUUAUAAAUAAUUAACAUCUCUAUAAACCCUAGAAUAUAAUGCCGAAUUAUAUCCUUUAUUAAGCAUCAUCUCCAUUUCACCAUAUCCUAACUGAAAUCAGAUAUAUUUGUGUGUUUUUUUCUAUUUGUAAAAUACUGUAAUUGUAUUACAAUGACUAAAUUAUAAUUAAAUACAUAUAAUUCCCUUUGGAUA